UUGGGCAUUCACAAUCUGCAUAAUCCAAGUUGAGGGGGGUGUUCGGAUUUCAAUGGAUUACAAUUAGGAUUGAAAGUCUAUGUUGUAAUUGUAAUUGAAUUAGGAGUCUCCGAACAGAAGCUCUGAUUUUUCACUCUCUCUCUCUCUCUUCUUCUUCUCCCCAGAUCUUCAGCCCUAUUCACUUCUUGAUGACACAUAGAGUUCUAUUAGCAUCGCCAGUGCCAUCUCUUGUUCAUUAUCCCCUUCCACUCGACACCGAACAAUAGUGACAAAACAGUAUCUUUCCUUCCGGAUCAAUUAAUCCUACCGGUUUUCCCCCAUUCUCUCCCUCUCCAUUUCUCUUUCCCUUUUCCCUUCUCCUCCAUCGAGCUAAUCACCGAAAACCACGGUUCGUCGUCCACAGCCUCCUGAAGCACCGAACAAUGGCAACAACUCUCCUCCACCUCCGACCUCUCUCUCUCUCCUCCUUCUUCUUCUUCUCCCUAGAUCUUCGGCCCUUCUCAUUGUCUUCUUGUUGACAAACAGAGUUCUAUCAGCAGCCAUGGUAGUUUCUCUAGGCGUUUGGUUUGCAAAUAAAAAAAAUAUUUGUUCAUUUUUGUAUUUCCAUCACUGGCGUGAAUACCUGAAUCCAUAAUUAACUUGAGGCCAGAUAUCAAUCAUAAGAAAAUUAGAUGAUAGGUAACACAUUUUGAAAAUUUAGAUAUUGCAGAAACAUGUUUGAAAGUUAGGAUACUAAAAUGGAAUUUUUAGUACCUAUCUGUAAUUUACCCUAAUUUUUAACUAUAAGUUUGGAAGGAGAAAAAAAGAGCCUCGUUCAGAUGUUAGCGCUACUUCGGUUGACGGUUGCAUCAGCGCGUUUUGAUGCUCCCGCUAAACUGCUCUCUCCAACGGCUUUUAGAAUCCUCGUUCCCAGGUCACUCAGCGUGAAGCUCACAUGGCUGCACCUUUAUCACUCCGACAAGAGAUUCUCCAAAAUUAUGACAUCAGAAAGAGAUUACACCGUCGAUCAAAAUGUAGCUCGAUCAAAUUGGCUGAUCAACAAGCUCAGCAGGGAAGGGAAAAUCUACGAAGCUCGUCGACUAUUCGACAGAAUGCCCGAACGAGAUGUUAUUACGUGGACGAAUGUUAUUUCUGGGUACAUUAAAUGUGGAAUGAUCAAAGAAGCAAGGAUUUUGUUUGACCACGUGGCUGCCAAGAAGAACGUAGUCACCUGGACGGCGUUGCUCAAUGGGUACUUCCAAUCCAAACAGAUUUUGGAAGCAGAGAAGCUUUUUAGACAGAUGCCCCACAAGAAUGUUAUUUCUUGGAAUACUAUGAUAUCUGGGUAUGCAGAAAAUGGACGAAUGAAUUCUGCUAUUGAGAUAUUUGAGAAAAUGCCUAAGAGGAAUGUUGUUUCUUGGAACACAAUUUUGAAAGCUCUGGCUCAAUCUGGAAGAAUAAAUGAAGCAUUGCAGCUUUUUGAUCGGAUGCCAGAAAGAGAUGUUAUUUCCUGGACAGCCAUGGUCGAUGGUUUAUCAAAAAAUGGGAGGAUUGAUGAAGCACGGUGCAUUUUUGAUAAGAUGCCCGAGCGGAAUGUAGUUUCUUGGAAUGCCAUGCUCACUGGUUAUGCACAGAACUCGAGGCUGAGUGAAGCUGUUGACCUCUUUGAGAGAAUGCCUGAGAGGGAUAUACCAUCAUGGAAUGCAAUUAUUACGGGUUGUAUUCAGAAUGGAGAUCUAAGGAGAGCCCAGAAACUAUUCAAUCAGAUGUCUGAAAGAAACGUUGUUUCUUGGACGACAAUGAUCACAGGAUAUGUCCGGGAUGGACAGAGUGAGGAAGCAUUGAAGAUUUUCUCAAGAAUGCAGGCUGAUGGGAUCAAGCCCAAUCAAGGAACCUUUGUGAGCAUAUUGAGGGCUUGUAGUGAUUUAGCUGGUCUUGGUGAGGGGAAGCAAAUACAUCAGAUUAUAAGCAAAACAAUCUAUCAGAAUGAUGUAUUUGUGGAAUCGGCACUCAUAAGCAUGUACUCUAAAUGUGGGGAGAUAACUAUUGCAGGACAGAUGUUUGACAGGUCAAGCCAAAGAGAUAUUGUUUCCUGGAAUGGAAUGAUUCAGGCCUAUGGAGACCAUGGGUAUGGAAGAGAGGCAAUCUGCUUGUUUGAAGAAAUGCAGAAGUGUGGGUUCAAACCUGAUGAUGUUACGUAUGUUGGGGUGCUAUCUGCCUGUAGCCACUCCGGUUUGGUGGAUGAGGGGUUGAAAUACUUUGGUGAGUUGGUCACAGAUGGAUCCGUUGAAGUGAGAGAAGACCACUAUGCGUGCUUGGUUGAUCUUUGUGGGCGAGCUGGUCGGCUUGAGGAGGCCUUUGAUUUUGUAGAGCGUUCAAGGAUUAAACCAUCAGCUUGCGUAUGGGGGGCUCUUCUUGGAGGCUGUAGUGUUUAUGGGAAUGUGAAAAUAGGGGAAUUAGCAGCAGAGAGGCUUCUAGAGGUGGAGCCUGGGAAUGCAGGAACUUAUCUACUGCUAUCUAACAUAUAUGCUUCUGCUGGAAGAUGGAGAGAAGCGGCAAGAGUGAGAUUGAAGAUGAAGGACAAAGGAUUGAAGAAACAACCUGGGUGUAGUUGGAUUGAGGUGGAUAAUAGAGUCAAUGUAUUUGUAGUUGGUGAUAAAUCUCAUAUUCAAGCUAAAAUUAUUUAUUCUAUACUAAGUAACCUUCACAUGGAAAUGAAGAAAGCUGGUUAUACACCUAAUAAGAAGUUCCAAGUGAAUGAGGAUUUUAUAGUAAUAUGAUUUGAACCUGCAAGCCUUGGGAAGUGGAGCAUGUGGAUUGAAUUUUCCUGAUCAAUGAGUUGUUCUAAUUUGUGGCUUCUUUAUAUUAUGUUAAAUUUUAUUGCACCAUAUGCAUUCGCAUGAGCUUUACUGGUUCUUGUUAAGAUCCUCUAUAUGUUAAGAUUCCGAAUUGGUGCGUUCUUUGCAAGGCUAAUGGUGAAAGAUCCUACCACUUAUUAGUUUCUUGCCCCUUUGCUACUGAUCUUUGGGAAUGGUUUCUUUCCUCUUUUGAUUGCAGGUGGACCCUACCGCCAAACAUUCAUAGCUUGUUUAGCCCCUCAUUCUUUGGUUGGCCAAACAAAAGGGGAAGGAUAAUGUGGAGGUGUGUGAGGGCUGCUGUUUGCUGGACUCUUUGGGAGGAAAGGAACACCAGAAUUUUCUCUGAAGUUAAAAGAAGUAAAGAAUGCCUUAUUGAAGUAGUAGCAGUGAGGGUGGUACAUUAGCUGAAAUCCUUGGACCUGUUUGUUGAUAUUUCUACAGAUAUGUUGCUGAAUAGGUGGCCGGAGGUGGCAAAUUCUGCUCCUGCUCGCUCUUUAGUUUGUCCUGUGUGGUCAUCACCAGGAAGUGGACUUAUAAAGCUAAACUUUGAUGGAAGUAGUGAGGGAAAUCCAGGUCCAUUAGGUGUAGGAGGGGUUUUCAGAGAUGAGGAUGGGAAUGUGCUCGCUUUGUAUUCAGGUUCCAUUGGGUUUGGAGACUCUCUCAAAGCUGAGGUCCAUGCAGUACUAGAGGGUAUAAGGAAAUCUAAAGAACUGAAUAUACAAAAAUUAGUCAUGGAGGGGACUCGAAGCUGGUCUUAAGUUGGUUACAAGAAGGUAGUGGACUUUGGAAAUAUGCUAAUGAGAGGAGGGAGAUUAAGUGGCUAACUAAAGAAUUGGAAAUCAAGUUUCAGUAGGUCAAGAGAACAGCAAAUGCAUUUGCUGAUGCUUUGGAAAAGCAGGGGGUGGGAAGGGAUCAAAUGUUUUGGGCUGUUUUGUAACUUUUUCUCUUUUGUUAUCUUCCUGGAGAGAGUUAAGCUUUGGAGAGCUGUAACUAAAUUCUUUUAAUCUAAUGAAUUCCAGUUAUUGAUCAAAAAAAAAAAAGAAGAAGAUUCAUGUGUAAUUUAUAUAUCUAUACCAUUUGCACCAGUACUGAAUCCUUAAACAGUUUGCUUUUGUUUGUUUGUUUGUUUGUUUGUUUUUUUUUUUUUUUUUUUAAUGAGAAAAGUUUAACCAAAUUUCAUUAAACUAGAAGAGAAGAGGAUGUACAAAACAGGGGAGAACCCCAAAGAGAUUACAAGGGAGGAAUUCUGUCACUGUACAGAUUUUCUAAGCGAGCACCUAGCUUGGCUAAGCCAUCUGCAAUAGGAAUUAACUCCCUCGGGAUCAGAUUUGCAUGUAGACAAUUCAAGGAGUCCCUUGCUUCUGCCAGGCAAUGGAUCACCCUCCAAGGACCCCCUUCCUUAUCUUUUAGCCAUUUGAUGGUAUUUGCUGAGUCCCCUACUAUGGAGAGAUUCUGAAUACCCAAACUUUUUACUAUUCUGAUUCCAGUUAGAGCAGCCAGCACUUCAUCCUUGGUUGAAUCUGUAAAUCCAAUUGGCCCACUGAAAACCCAGCGAGUAUCACCUCUUUCAUCUCUUAAGAUGCCCCCAAUUCCAGCUAAACCUGGAUUACCUGCAGCACUCCCGUCGAAGUGUAAGAUCAUCCCACCAUCCCUGAAUACUACCGGUUGUCUUAUGGGAGUCUGAGUGGAGUGUGGAAGAAAAAGAAUGGUUUGAAUAUUUCUGCUAAGAUCAUCAUUUGAGAGAUCUUGGAACAGCUCUGAAUUAGCCACCCAGAAGUUACAGAGAUAAAUUGUUUUUAUUUUCUGAGGGACUUAUUUUAGAUUCAGUAUUCCUAAUGAUUCAUUAAUUUAUAAAUUGUGUUGUUUUUCAAGUAAAGAUUAAUGGUGUUCCUAUAGUUACACUUAAUUUCUUUAAAUUCAUUAUUUUUUCAGGAUUUCUAUGACUAGAAUAUUCUUGUCCUCUGUGUGUGUGUGUGUGUGUGUGUUUUAGUUUAUAUAUCUGGUGAAGCAAGGAUGUCUUGGAGCUGAUUGUAAUAGGAACCCUUGACAAGUAAAAUCAAUAUUUCUCUAACUGAAACAAGAGAAAAACACUGAUUUCCUGCUUAUAUUACUAUAAAGUGAAAACCUUACUUCCUUGAGUCACACAGAAAGAAUAUAUAUAAAGAGAACCUCUAUCUUUUCUUUCCACUAUAUACCACCUAAAAUAUACAUGCCUCCCUAUUUGUCUAAUAUAAAGAAAACAAACAAGCCUUUUCUCUUGUACCCAACUCUCACUCUCUCUAAACACACACAAAAGCACAUGCACACAUGCAUAGUAAUUUCAGUUCUGUCAAAAUUCUCUCAGUUUUAAAUUCUCUCUGUACUUCAAUACUUAAAUUUCAUGGUACAAACUAAUUUUCUUUUUCUUUGAAUAAUUCAACUAUAUUUUUAUGUUUUGAUUCUCACAUGAUGCUUGUGUUUAUUGCUUAAUAUGAUUUAUGCACUUAUUCAAACUGAAAAAUGUUUCAAGGAAUCACUGAUGAGACUUCUUUUUCUGUGGCUUGACCUGCAUUUAAUCUUGGUAUGCAUUUGGAAUUUUUUGAAUUGAUAUCUCUCAUGGAAUCUUGUUGGGCUGAUGAGUAUGGGAGUGCAGGUAUGAGAAUGACAGUAGUCACUAUGUGCACAAAAUUCCAAAGCUUAUGUCCAUAUCCAGUCCACCCUUCUGAGACCCUGGAUAGCAGGCACCGGCAUUGGCAAACUAGGUCUUCUCAUGUCCAUGAGUAAGCCUGGGCUUGGAGCUUAUUCCUAUUCGACAAGCUUUUGGAUGCAAUGGAAGUCAUGAAUCUACAUCAGCAGAUUGUGGAGUAAGAUUCUAUGUUGGGGCACACUUUAGAUGAUAUUUUGAUGUUUAGCACAAGUUUGUCUGUGUAUCAUACAUAUGGAAAUCAGGCUGCCUCACAAGGAUAUUGGGUGUUUCCUAUACUUCCAUUUUUUACCAGUUCAAGAGAAGAAAAUAUGAAAAGGACAAUAUGAUGGCUGGAGAAACUACUAAAGAUUCCACAGCUUAUGCUUCAAUGCUUGAAUGAGGAUGGGACAUGAUGAAGCAAAAUUAUUACCUUUUGCUAUUAAAUAUUGCAAUUUUAUUGUCACCAAAAUGCGAACUUAAAUGUGGAAAAUACCCACCAUGCUAGUUAUGUGGGACCUAGCAGGAAUUUGGAACUUAUAGUGUCAUUUUCUUGUAAUUCUUCAUGGUCAUUGAUUUUCAUUAAAUUCUUUUAUUUAUUUCAGGCCAUCAUCUU